CACCGAGAGUCAGGACCUGAAUGAUAAGAGAGCUAGGUAUUUGACCAGAUGUGCGAAGCUCUCUCACCAAACCUACCUCCCUAACAUUCACCACUCCGCAUCACAUUCGCUUGCGAUAUUGAAAAAUUCUAGUCAACACGAUGGCAACAGAAACAGCUAUUCACAACGGGCCAUCCCGUUUGGAGCUUCUUAGCGCCGAAGAUUUUGAGACGGCUUCCAUUCGUUCAGCCGCCCCUUCUUAUAUGUCCGAGGCGCCUUCGUAUCAUUCAACUAUACCAACGAAUGAAACUGUACCUGAGUACACGCCACCCGAACCUCGAGGCUCACCGUUGGCAUCCCCGCCACGCUAUUCGUCUAUGCUAAACCCGUUCCCGACGCCGGCUCCCAUGACCUCGACCUUUGCGCCGGGAGCAGGCUUACCGCGGAUACCCUCUCCGCGCCGUCGCAACGAGGUUCCCCACCUUAGCCAUUUCCAGGUACCGAGCUGGUCCUCGAUGAGCAGCAACCCGACAGCUCGCCACUAUCAGAGGGUUGCGCACCGUCGCGUGUCUGCUGCUAACGGCGCCCACGGCUGGAGAGGAGUCGAAAGCGCAGUGCGAACAGUGGUCCAACGCAUGAACGCUGCAGCCGCAGCUGACGAUGCCGACCCUUAUAAGGUGCGGCCGCUCGAAGAUCCGUACCUGGUCGGUGAGGAAGCAGCUGCGCAGGCGAGAAACGAGAGACUAGCCAGGCAGAAUGGAGAUGAUAUUCUGAUUCGUGAGGACAGACGAUGGGAUUGGUUUUUGGGCCAGACGAGAGGUGCGGAGGAACGUGAGCGAAGUUGGAGCAACUUCCGUACCAACAACGAAAGUCGUGGGAGACUCGCUCGCCGCUUCGGUCGAUGAAAAACACCUUUUCAAUAUUGGUAUAUCGCAUGGGAAUUAUUCCAGCCGCGAUUUCUAUGGCGAUAUUAGGCUCCCCAACACAGCCAAAACUGCAACGGCUGCAUCGCGCUUCUUUCCGUUCCUUUGCAUAUUUUAUUUUUAUUUCAUCUUCUCAUCACACGCAUUUGGGCGGCGCUACCGUUUUGGCGUCAAUUAGGGCAAGUUAGACAGGUUUGAGGGCAUCAUUUUUUUUAUUACUGGCUGGGUUUCAACAUUCGGGAUGUCCAUGUAGAUGAAUGGAUGAGGUCAUGAGAUAUGUCGUGAGGGUAUUGAUU